AUGGGUCUGCGAGCUUUGCUACGUCGUGCUGCAUCUAGAAAGAAGGAACUAAAUAAAGAUGCACAUACCCGAUCUGGAUUGCUGAGCUUCGUGUCCGACAGAACGGCGAAUGCCGAUGGAACUUUUUUUAUGGUUAAUGCCUUGAUAGUGCUACUAUUAUAGCACUACCAUUACUUCUCUAUCUCAUUCGCAUCUAUGGUUUUGUCCUGCAAGUUAGGCUGGCUCCACCACAACUAUCACUACUCCUACGACAUAAUGUCCAUUUUUGGUUUUGUUAGUAUUUUUUUACGUUUGUCGUAGGUACUUUUUCAGUUUUUUCCUAGUUAGAGCUCCUCUACCGGGACUAUUACUGCUCCUACGACUAGUAGAACCGUUGGCACUUCUCAGGAAAGGGGCUGAGUGAUUAGUAGAUGGAUUAUGUUUGAUGAGGGAAUCACCAGUAAGUGGUAGUCGUGAGAAGUCCUAUUUGAAAUAGGAAUUCUCACUGCUAAAGCUUCAUCUAAUACCACGCGAAACCGGAUAGGUGUUGCGUGUCUCAAUGAUGAACCGCUGUUCCGUCUCGCUGACGUCCUGAGCGUCGAUUUUGGUCUGAAGAGUGUUGCCGUUGUACAAGACGAAAAUAGUGGCAGUUUACGGCUGUAGGUGCAAUUUAUUUGAUACACAUGACAAUAAAUAAUUUGACGACACUUAGACGACUGUUCUUUGAAAAGAGAGCACUUAUGCGGGCGCAGAGCAUCGCAUAGUCUAGGUGCUGGCAUGCUAGCCAGUGAUAGACUUCAUGGAAUGGAAGUCGAGUAUAGAAGUGACUCCAUCACUCAAGAUUUCUUAUGAUAUUUUUCCAUUUCUUCUAAUAUACGAUUCUCAAAAAACGUGGGUGAUUACGGUCGUCGCCUUCCACGAGAAGACAAAAACGCUAAUUAAGGCAAAACACGCCAAACCUUUCAAGAUCACUAUUUAUUGUCAACUUUUUCAAGUAGAUGCUUUUGCUUACUACUCUUACUUUUCAAGAUGAGCAUUUAAUGUGAGCUGUACGCACUAAGUUAACCCGGUCAGCGCGUCUUUCCUCCGGACUUGGCAGUCUGAUUCGCAGAAGUUCUCUCGGCAAGCGCCUUAAACUGCAGUUCUCGUCAAGUGAACGUAUGGCAGACUUCACACUAAAUAUUGUAGAUGUGAUGUUUACGAGCUGUCUCACAAAUUUCCACAAAUCUUCAUCUAAGUAUGCAAAGAUGUGGCUUCCACGAUAGUUCCUUCAGGGGUAGGAUUCUUACAGCACCAGAAGGAGCAUGCAGAUGCAUGAAAAAAUGAAAAAACUCUCAAUUUUUCCCGAGAUCUAAUCUCUGCACUUGUUAGGUUGGUAGUUUUUACUCAUCUCCUUUCAUGCCCUUGACCACAAGCACGCCGAGUCGUCGCAUCUGUGUCUGGAACGUGGUGUGUGGGUCUGAAGCGGACCUCGAAUUUUUGCUGCUAACAUUCUAUGCUCAUUGUGCAAAUGUGCGACCCCGCUUGACGUGGCAGCAAUUACUUUAAGAAAGGAGAGGACAGAUGUAUGAAUUAGCUUGGUUCUUAUCUCUAGGUUAGAAGCAGUGGCAUAGGUUCUUACGGAGACAGAUUCAUAUUUAUGUAUUAGUUUUUUAUGUGCUUCCUGCAUUUGUAAUUUGGUGUACAAGGGUAUAGUCGUUCCAACGAGUUUAGAAGUUGAAACCUGAAGAGAAGCUGUUAGGGCUUAUCCCUACAACUGCCAGCUGAUGACCCCCAACUGCCAACCUCGAACUACUGCAAAAGCGGGGUUUGCGGAAGCUACACGAAUUGCGACACGAAAGCGGUAUGUCUUUAGCUGAAAUGUUUAGGAAUAGAGGACAAAUCGAUACAUGUCGUGGAGAACAAGUUGACGACCGUGAUAGAAGAGGACAAGUUGGCGAUCGUAGUGGAGGACACGUGUCCUUAUCCAACAAUGCUGGCGGAGGACACUCCGUAUCCAACAAUGCUGGCGGAGGACACUCCGUAUCCAACAAUCGUAGUGAGGAAACGAGAAAGGGAGGAAGCCCAUUUCCUGGUCAAGAAACAAGGAAGCCAAGCGCAGCUGUUAUGGCUUUGCAUUUAAUAUCUUCUGUUGUUCUAGAGAAUUUAAACUCUUUUUUUGUCUAAGGUCUACCUGAUUAAUAGAAGCAAGAAAGAGUUGUAGUUGAGCGCUCACUUCAUGAUCUUCGCCUUUGCCUCCAAGUUUUUUAUGACUUACAUUUAGGAGGAUGCGAUGAUCUCCCUACAGACUUCAGUUGAUCCACCAAUAUUUAGGAGGAGCUGCUUUCGAUCUUCCAUUAUUUACAGGAGCAUCUUUCCACGAAUAGGAGGUCCUCCGACGAACUGUUGAUUUAGACUAAAUCCAUUUGAUGUAGGAGGCUCUCCUUUUCUUGCGCUGUCGGCUUGCCAAUGGGCGGACAGGAAAUCGACAGUACUUAUGCAUGGAGGAAAAAGUGUUGCUGUCUGUCAGGUGGGUUGCUCUAACGCUCAGCCGAUGAGGGCGAAAGCGAGGAACGAAGACGGCCUCGCGCGAUCUGAUGAAACGAUAGAGCAAGAAGAGAGCCGCCAGCUUGGAGGGCGAGAUCGAUUGGAUGGACCGAAAGCACAAAAUGCGAAAGCACAGGAUGUGAAGGCACAGGAUGCGAAAGUACAGGAUGUAAAGGCACAGGAUGCGAAAGUACAGGAUGUUGAUGCUCUGCUCUCUUUCUUCGAUAGUCUAAGAGAAUAGGCGAGUCUUAUCCGGCAUAUAGUGAAUAGGCGAGCCUUCUGCCUGUUCUGUUUGCUAGGCUCUCUGGGGCACUGAAGUAGCCAUCAGGCUAGUAGUACCAAAUGGGACACCACGAUGAUGAUCCGGCAUAUCCGGUAUAUAUUGGAUGUUCGAAAACUUUGGGGUAGGGACGAAAGAAACAGACAAUUUUUCUAUUCGCAUACAAAUUGUCGACAUUUCCGCACAUGAAGAAUUGAUGCGUCUCCAAAAAAUCGCCAUAGCACUCGAAGGACAUAGAAUUCAUUGACGUGUCUCCACACACGCUUCAAGGACACUCAGUGUAGCACCGCAGUGGGUGUAGCAGCACAAUUAUUGAUGCGCCCACACACAUCAAACUCGAC